GAAAGUGAAUUCCCUAUAUAAAGGGUGGUUUUCCUCCAAUGCGACAGAACCAAUUUAAUUUACCAGUCAAGACGCACUAGCCAAAGUAAUAGCCAAUCGUUUACCAUGAGGGCCCUGGUAUUCGUGAUGCUGAUCUCCGUGGCGUUCGCCGAAGACAAAACGGUCCAGAAGCGUGGUCUGCUCGGUUUGGGUUAUGGUGGUUUGGGACAUGGUGGUGGCCUGCUCGGUGGUGAAUUGGGACAUGGCAGUGUUGCGGUCGCCAUUCAAGAAAAGCCUGUCGCUGUUCCAGUUCCAGUCCCAAAACCAUACCCUGUCGCCGUUGAUAGACCAAUCCCCGUAAAGGUACCAGUUGCGGUCCCACAUCCAGUCCCAGUGGCGGUUCCAGUACCCCAGCCAUACCCAGUAGUGCAAACCAAGACGAUCGCGGUUCCAGUCGAAAAACCAGUCCCAGUUACGGUUCCAGUCAAGGUUCCUGUAGCCGUGCCCGCCCCAUACCCCGUCAAGGUACCAGUGGCUCAUCCCGUUCCAGUCGCGGUUCCCAAGCCGGUUCCAGUCGUCGUUCCACAGCCAGUUCUCGUUAAAGAACAAGUCCCAGUCCUUGUUAAAGGAUACGGCUUGGGACACUACUAGAUGAAUUUUCCUUUCAGUCUGCCACCCCUCCAUUCCCACCUAACCACUUCCGCAGCAUCGCAAAAGACAUUAUGACGAGAGCAGUACGAAAACACAUUCUGCUUCGUAGUUGACACGAG